CCGUGCAGACGUAUUUUAAGUCUUAUGCAAAUAAAAUAAAAUUAUAUUUUGAAAAACAAAGUUUUAUUAAAAAAAAAUUAAAAAGAAAAAAAUGUUGCGCGAUUGGGAUAUAAACGACAAUAUUGUGCCGGCAAUAAGUGAAGCUGAAUUAAAUGAAUAUCAAGACUGGCCUGAUGGUCACUGUCGUUUUGUGUAUCAUCCAAAUAAUGAAGAAGCUAAAAAGCACUCAUCUGGAUGGGCAAUGAGAAAUACGAAUAAUCACAACGUAAAUAUUUUGAAGAAAAGUUGCUUGGGAGUUUUAGUUUGUUCUGCUGAAUGUACGCUGCCAAAUGGAUCGAAAAUAAAUCUUCGUCCUGCCAUUUGUGAUAAAGCAAGACGAAAACAGCAAGGCAAAAAUUGUCCGAAUAGAAAUUGUAGUGGAAGACUUGACAUUCAAGCAUGUCGUGGACACUGUGGAUAUCCGGUAACGCACUUCUGGCGUCAUACAAAAUUUGGAGUAUUUUUCCAAGCUAAAGGUGUUCAUGACCAUUCCAAACCAGAGCCUAAAAAUUGUCGAGAAACGAGAAGAUACUUAGGAAUGGGAAAACGCAAGAGUGUAUCGCUCAUGCUGAAUAGAGAUGCUGCAUUGAGUAAAAAAUUGAAGACUUUACAAAAUAGUAACAAAUUUGAGUUCAAUUAUAAUGGACUUUCUCAAAAUGGACAGUCGAAUAUGAACAGUUCGUACAAUACAACAUAUCAAACAUCACUGAAUUGUCAGGACAUGACUCAACAAUAUUCGCCAGAUUUCUCAUCAAAUGAAUUUAUUAAUGCUGAAGAAAUCUUUCAGCUGGAUCAACCUAUUAAGCAGUACACAAUGGCACAAGACUUCUCUAAGUCACCAUCAACAGUUUUGGAUCUAGAUAGAAAUUAUUUAGUGAAAAAUGAGUCGAUUAUACCUUACUAUCCAGAAGCCGAUGACACAAUGAGCCUCACAAGUGGCUCGAGUGUUAGCUUUUUUGAAGACGGUUAUCAAUAUUUUGAUUCCAAUAACUAUAUGGCUGCUAAUCCCUACAAUUCAACAGAAUAUAACAAUAAUAUUUUUACUGGAAAGCAGUUUGACAAUUACGAAACUAAAUUCUUCAUGAAUCCGUCGCUAGAGUACACAAGUAAUGUAAAAAGUGAUUAUUUAUCCACCAACGAUCCACAAAUUAAUUAUUUUAGUGAAUAUAGAAUACAGAACAAUUUGACUGGUAACAAUUACAUCAACAAUUAUGCUGAAGAGAAUGUUUCAUUUGUGCCGCAAUACGAGUGCGCAUUUUGAUGUCAUGGAAGUAGAAUUAAGCAGUCAUAAAGUUCACCAAUAAGUAUUUAGUGGACUUUAAAGUUUCAAUUAUAAUUAAGUAAAGCUAGCUGAUUAUUUUUUGGUAUAAGUUUCUUUGGAUUUUGGAUAGAUAUCGAGAUAUUCAAUGAAUUGAAUGAUUGUGGGAGUCUCGCAUACCUUCCAUAUCCAAAACGUCUUUUAAACUGAAUUAUUGUCACUUUUAACAUUAAUGUGUUCGUUUUAUAUAUUUUUUUUUGUGAGUUUGUUUAUCAACACUGCAUGCUAUGGUAAUUAAUUAUAGCUGCUUAACCUCAUCCCUUGCCUUCUGAUUUUAUUUUUCUCGAUCUUUG